CUAGACCUCGUAUUGGAGCCAUGAUUCGGCGGUUCUUGGCCUCCUGUCUUUUCCCGCUGUUCGUGGUCGGCUUUGCUCAGCUGACCCCAGAGUCACAAAAGAUGAAGAUGGAUUGCUAUAAGGGGGUGACAGGCACCGUCUAUGAGUAUGGAGCCCUCACCCUCAAUGGCGAGGAGUAUAUCCAGUUCAAGCAGUAUGCGGGCAAGCACGUCCUCUUUAUCAAUGUGGCCACCUAUUGAGGCUUGACAGCUCAGUAUCCUGAACUGAAUGCACUACAGGAGGAGCUGAAGCCUUUUGGUGUAGUUUUGUUGGGCUUUCCCUGCAACCAGUUUGGAAAACAAGAACCAGGAAAAAACUCAGAGAUCCUUUUUGGGCUCAAGUAUGUGCGUCCAGGUGGUGGCUUUGUCCCCAAUUUUCAGCUCUUUGAGAAAGGGGAUGUGAAUGGAGAAAAAGAACAGAAGGUCUUUACCUUCCUGAAGAACUCCUGCCCUCCAACCUCUGAUCUUUUGGGGUCAUCAAACCAACUCUUCUGGGAGCCCAUGAAGGUCCAUGACAUCCGCUGGAACUUUGAGAAGUUCCUCGUGGGACCUGAUGGGGUCCCUGUCAUGCGCUGGUUCCACCGGGCUUCAGUUAGCACAGUCAAGUCAGACAUCCUGGAGUACCUGAAGCAGUUCAAAUCCGAAUAAGAAAGGCCAGAGACUGUCAGAAGUAGCCACCCUGCCUCCCACCUGAAGAACACAUUUAACAAGAGAUCCAUCUUUGCUCCACAUAUCUUUCUAUCCAGCUUCAAUGUGGCCAAACCAUCCUGUACUGCCCAAAUAUAUGCGCAUGUGUGUGCGUGCGUGCAUGUGUUUGAAGAUUAAGAGAAAGAAAACCUAUCUCCCCAACUCUGGUCCCAGAGUAUCAAUUUUUUUCCAUUCUAUUCCAACGGAAAAUCAUAUUUCAGGGUAGAUUUCAGACUAUGUCCCUAAAAAAGCAAUCCCCAGAAGUCCUAACAUCUAUCCCUUCCCCAUCCUGAAGGUUUAAAGCAAGCAGGAACUGGCAGCAAGACUCUCAAGAUCCGCUUAAUGGCUUCUUCUCUCCUCCAAGAUAGGCAGACGUUGUUAAACUCUUCCUCUCCCUAGUUAGUCUUCCUUAAUUCCCCUGACACCCUGUAGUUCUCUUAUAGGAUCUCUCAAGGCAGAGUGAGAGCAGAAACCUCACAUCACAUGAAAGGAGGGGCAUCUCCAUGAUGGUGGGUCCCAAAGCCCGUCUGGGUCAGACCCAACCAGAGCCUUCCUUGGUGCCUGUCUCUUAGUGCAUUCAGGUCAUGGCACCUGGGCAGGGAUGUCCCUUCAUUUUGAAUGAUGGGCUUUCUCCUCACCCAAAGUCCCCCCAACUUUAAACUGAUUCUUAUCACUGUCUCAAAUAAAAAAAUUCU